AUGUCGUUAUCGCUCGAGGCUUUGACGAUGCUCAUUGCCGAUACAUUGAAUUUUGCGCCCAGCAGCUUUGUAAUGCAGUACGCGGACGUGGAGGGAGACUGCUUGAACGCUAAGUUGCAGGCCGACCUUGAGCCGCUCGGCAUUACGUUCCGUGUGGAGACGCUGGAUAUAGCCAUGAGCAAGGUCAAGCACGAGGAGUGGGCCGACUAG